GCGGGGGGGACUUAAAAUAGCCCGAAGCUAAAAAUAACGGACCAAAUUGAAAAUUCGCGCUAUUAUAGUGUAUUCCUUCGCUGUAGGCUUUGGCUCUUUCGCGGUCGGUCCGAGAAAAAAAAAACGAAAAAUAUCGAAAAACGAACCGUGCGUAAUAUAGCGACUUUACGCACGACCGGACCUGGAAGUUUUGUUGUAAAUAUUUACUUACUACUAGAAAAAUGUCAGAUUUAAUGAAGAAACGUUUUCCUUCGAUUACAAGCAUUGACGUUAAGUCUGACGGAAAUACGUCAUUCUUGCGCGCAGCGCGCAAUGGCCAACUGGACAAAGUCCUCGAACAUUUGAAAUCAAAUAUAGACAUUAACACAAGCAAUGCUAAUGGCUUGAACGCGCUUCAUUUAGCUUCAAAAGACGGCCACGUAGACAUAGUCAAAGAGCUUCUAAAAAGAGGCGCCUUAGUCGACGCCGCAACCAAAAAGGGUAACACCGCAUUGCACAUAGCUUCGCUUGCCGGCCAAGAGGAAGUGGUCAAGCUUCUCGUUCAAAAUGGCGCUUCGGUCAAUGUACAAAGUCAAAACGGCUUCACGCCGCUUUACAUGGCAGCUCAAGAGAACCACGACAACGUUGUCAAGUAUUUACUUGCCAAUGGAGCCAAUCAAAGUCUAUCGACAGAAGAUGGAUUUACACCGUUGGCAGUUGCGAUGCAACAAGGCCACGAUAAAGUUGUUACAGUGUUGCUGGAAAACGAUACAAGAGGCAAAGUGCGGUUGCCAGCUUUGCACAUAGCAGCUAAAAAAGAUGACGUCAAAGCGGCGAAGCUGUUGCUCGAAAACGAACACAAUCCCGACGUCACUUCCAAAUCGGGCUUCACUCCUUUGCACAUAGCUUCGCACUACGGUAACCAGCAAAUCGCCAAUUUACUUAUACAAAAAGGGGCCGAUGUUAAUUAUGCGGCCAAGCACAACAUCACUCCUUUGCACGUUGCCGCCAAAUGGGGUAAAACCAAUAUGGUGGCAACUCUUUUGGAAAACGGAGCUACCAUUGAAGCUAAAACCAGAGACGGCUUGACACCGUUGCAUUGUGCUGCUAGAAGCGGGCACGAGCAAGUAGUCGAUAUGCUUUUGGAAAAAGGAGCGCCAAUAAGCUCUAAAACAAAGAAUGGUUUGGCUCCUCUACACAUGGCGGCUCAAGGCGAUCAUGUAGACGCAGCUCGAAUUCUUCUCUACCAUAGAGCGCCAGUAGACGAAGUUACGGUUGAUUAUCUGACGGCGCUUCAUGUCGCCGCACAUUGUGGUCACGUGAGAGUUGCCAAGUUACUCUUGGAUAGACAAGCCGACGCAAAUGCCAGGGCACUGAACGGAUUCACGCCUCUACAUAUAGCCUGCAAGAAAAACCGGAUAAAGGUGGUGGAGUUACUAUUAAAACAUGGAGCCAGCAUUGGUGCUACAACAGAAUCAGGGCUUACGCCUUUACAUGUAGCCAGCUUUAUGGGCUGCAUGAACAUCGUCAUCUAUCUACUACAGCACGAUGCUAACCCAGACGCUCCAACGAUAAGAGGCGAAACUCCUUUGCAUUUAGCUGCUCGUGCAAACCAAACGGAUAUUAUUCGGAUAUUGCUCCGGAACGGUGCCCAAGUAGAUGCGAGAGCUCGCGAGCAACAAACGCCUCUACAUAUAGCUUCGCGACUCGGAAACGUCGAUAUAGUGAUGCUACUUCUUCAACAUGGUUCUAAAGUUGAUAGCACCACCAAGGACUUGUACACGGCGUUGCACAUUGCCGCCAAGGAGGGCCAAGACGAGGUCGCCGGCGUACUAAUCGACAAUGGAGCCUCGAUAAACGCCACAACCAAAAAAGGCUUCACACCUCUACAUCUAGCCUCAAAAUACGGCAACUUAAAGGUAGCCAAAUUGCUCCUGCAAAAAGAAGCUCCGGUAGAUGCUCAAGGCAAAAACGGAGUCACUCCGCUUCAUGUAGCUUCGCAUUAUGACCAUCAGAACGUAGCUCUUUUGCUGCUGGACAAAGGAGCGUCACCUCACGCGACAGCUAAGAACGGUCACACUCCGUUGCAUAUUGCCGCAAGAAAGAACCAAAUGGACAUUGCCAAUACGCUUUUGGAAUACGGUGCGCAACCGAAUGCGGAAUCUAAGGCCGGGUUUACGCCUUUGCAUUUGAGCGCUCAGGAAGGUCAUGUUGAUAUGUCUUCGUUACUUUUAGAACAUAAAGCUGAUCCUAACCAUGAGGCAAAGAACGGUCUUGGUCCAUUGCAUCUUUGUGCCCAAGAAGACCGAGUCCCUGUAGCCGAAGUCCUAGUGAAAAACGGAGCUCACGUAGACGCAGCUACUAAAGCCGGCUACACGCCUUUGCACAUAGCUUGCCAUUACGGCCAAGCGAAUAUGGUACGAUUUUUAUUGAAAAACGGAGCUCCGGUGCAAAGUUCCACGUCUCUAGGCUACACUUCUCUACAUCAAGCCGCUCAACAGGGUCACGCGAAUAUCGUCAACAUUUUGCUGGAAAGUAAAGCUGAUCCUGAUGCUGUAACAACGAAUGGUCAAACUCCUUAUGAUAUAGCCCAAAAACUCGGUUAUAUUUCGGUUAUAGAAACUUUGAAGGUGGUUACAACUGUUAUUGAUGUUACAACAACUACCACUACAACUGUAGAGGAAAAAUAUAGGGUGCAAGCUCCGGAGGCGAUGCAGGAAACUUUUAUGUCCGAUUCCGAAGAAGAAGGCGGUGAAGACGCAGCCUUAGGCGAUCAGACGUACAGAUACUUGACUGCAGACGAAAUGAAAUCAUUGGGUGAUGAUUCCCUGCCCAUAGACGUAACCAGAGAUGAAAGAAUCGAUUCAAAUCGAAUGGUAGGCAGCAUCGACAGCAACAUGUUGCCCACCCAACACAUUGAAGACUCCAUUAGCCCUGAACAUGUUUCCAGAACCUACACCGAAUACAUUAAAAAAUAUACUCCGGAUAAUAUUGACAUCAAUAGGCAUCCGAUUAAUAUUGGUUUCCUAGUAUCAUUCCUAGUAGACGCAAGAGGUGGUGCCAUGAGAGGCUGUAGACAUUCCGGAGUACGAGUAAUAGUACCGCCAAGGUGCGCGCCGAGUCCUACUAGGAUCACUUGCCGGUACGUGCGACCGCAACGGACCCCGCAUCCGCCCCCUCUGAUGGAGGGCGAGGCUCUGGCGAGUCGGGUUUUGGAAUUGGGGCCUGUUGGUGCUAAGUUUUUAGGGCCAGUAAUCAUCGAAGUACCUCACUUUGCCGCUCUACGAGGCAAAGAACGCGAAAUCGUUAUACUGCGGUCCGAUAAUGGAGAAUCCUGGAAAGAACACACUGUGGACGCCACCGAAGAAAUCCUAAACGAAGUUAUGCAUGAAAGUUUCGAAGCAGAAGAUUUAUCUCAAAUGGAAGACGUCUCAUCCGGCCGAAUAACUCGAAUAGUAACGCAAGAUUUCCCCCAGUACUUUGCUGUAGUAUCGAGAAUAAGGCAGGAAGUACACGCGAUCGGACCGGAAGGCGGCAUGGUGUCCAGCACGGUCGUACCUCAAGUCCAGGCCAUCUUUCCCGAAGGGGCGCUCACCAAGAAAAUCAAAGUCGGCCUGCAGGCUCAACCGAUUGAUCCAGAAUUGACGGCCAAACUGUUGGGUCAUGGUGUGGCAGUUUCUCCCGUAGUCACUGUGGAGCCUCGUAGAAGAAAGUUCCACAAAGCUAUAAGAUUGAACAUGCCCGCACCAACGGCACAUUCUCAGGGCAUGAUAAACCAGUACAGCGGAUCUGCGCCUACCCUAAGACUUUUGUGUUCGAUAACAGGUGGAACCACAAGGGCGCAGUGGGAAGACGUGACCGGAUCCACCCCGUUGACAUUCGUCAACGACGUCGUAAGUUUCACCACAACAGUUUCCGCAAGAUUUUGGUUGAUGGAUUGCAGAAACAUCGGCGACGCCACCAAAAUGGCUACCGAACUAUACAAGGAGGCCAUUCAUGUACCAUUUAUGGCGAAAUUCGUGGUGUUCGCCAAACGAGUGGAUCCGCUCGAAGCGAGACUGAGAGUGUUCUGUAUGACGGACGACAAGGAAGACAAAACGCUAGAGCACCAAGAGCACUUUACCGAAGUGGCGAAAAGUCGAGACGUGGAAGUUUUAGAAGGCAAAGCUCAGUUUAUUGAAUUCGCUGGUAAUUUGGUGCCGGUGACGAAAAGUGGCGAUCAGUUGGAGUUUUCGUUUAGGGCUUUCAGGGAGAACCGAUUGCCCUUUUCGGUGAGGGUUAAAGAUCAACACGCCGAAGCUGUUGGGAGGUGUUUGUUUAUGAAGGAAUCGAAGAUCCCCAAAGGUGAACCACCCCAACAACCAAUUUGCAUCCUAAACAUAGUCCUCCCUGACGACAUAGUAACUGACACAAUAUCCCUAACCGACUCGGAAUCAGGAAAACGCCAUAUGUACCUAUCGGAAUUCCAAGACUACUACCGACCCGAUCCAAGAUUAGCAGACAUGAGCAAUUUAUUAGGCGAAGACUGGGUCGAAUUGGCACACCAACUAGGACUCACCACGUCCGAAAUCAAUGUGAUAAAGUCCGAAUAUCCGGAAAGUAUUGCUAAACAAGCACAGUCGAUGUUACGCAUGUGGCUGUCGCAGUCUGGCAAUAAAGCCCAAACUAACACUUUGGAAAACGCCCUUAGGAGAAUAGGUAGAGAGGAUAUUAUACCGCAGUGCCUGAAUGUGGAACAGCCUACAUUUACUAGAAUGAAAGAGGAAGAGAUUGGUUACAGAUUGAAGCGGUCAGAGGAGGACAAAAAAAUUCAUUACGACAAAUAUUCGGCUGAAGAAAAAGUUGUAGUGGAAAAAUCCGAAUCCGAGGAAGAGGAUAAUUUUGACAAAACUGUUACAGAGCGGCGGGAGAAAAUUGAAAAACGCUUAUCGGCCGAAAGAGCGAUUCCUGCUUCUUCACAACGACGUGAAAUUGUACAGGAAAUUUGCGAUAUCAAACGACAAAGUUUAGUUGAAGAUAAAAUAGCUGAGAUUCAACCAUUAACGGAAACGAUAGAGAUAAAAACCACAUUACCAUCAAUCUCUAAAGUUUCCGAAGUAACGCACAAAAUAGAAGAUGAAAGAUUUAUGGAACAAGUGAGUUCCAGAUUUGAAGUACCAACCAGAAGCGAAGAGCUAAAAUCUCCUAAAUUCUCCAAAACGCCGCCGCCAAGUCCAGCCGAUUUCUUACUGCAAAAACAAGCCGCUUCAGCCCAAGAAUGGGACGAUUCCAGAAAGCCAAAACAUGUCGCCGACCAGGCAACAUUAGACGCAGCACAGCAAGGAAAGCCGAGAUCGACCGAACAAUAUUUAGCUAGUAACGAGGAUUUGUCGUUAAUAGACGUUAACGGUGGUUUAAAUUCGCAUCGCAAGCCGAUUUAUGUUCAAACUGACGCGUUUAUAAUGUCUGAGUCACGCGCCGAACCCUACAACGCAGCUACAGAACGACAUUACGUCAUAAAACAAGAACCUGUACAACUUGAAGACAAAAAAGCUAAUAAACGUGGUUUCUUUGGAACGCUUAAAGGUUUUGUUAGUCGUUCUUCAGAUUUUUCCGAUUCCGAUUCAGAAAAAACGCUCAAAAAAGAAAAGAAGAAGAAGAAAAAGAAGAGCCAGAGUUUGGAAGAAACUAGUUUGCCUCCUGUACGACCUCCGAGAAAACCUAAAAUGCCUACACCGAUACAAGACAGGAAAUAUCGCGAUAUUCCUUACAUGGAAGCUGAUGGUGACGAACCUCCAGAAGACAUUGACAAUACCAUAAAUCUUCAAUUGUCCCAAUUGCCCAAAGUACCAUCGACACCAGUUAUAGUUGAACGCGCAAAAUCACCAAAACCCAAAAAAAUCAAAACUAUAAUUCUAAACGAAACUGUUACAAAAACUUUUGCUCCAGCGGCAGUCGAAGAAGAAGAAUUCACCAUUGUUAUUGAUCCUACUAAAAAAGAAUCUCCUAAAAAAUCCAAAGAAAUAUUCACUUUGAACAUCGAUCAAAGCAUGGAUGAAAUUGAAAAAGAGCUUCUGGAAAAAUCUCCUAUAAUACCUGAAGAAUCGAUUGUGAAACCUCAAAUUCACGAAAGACCUGCAACAAGUAAAGAUCAUUAUUAUGAAGAUAUUGAUGAUCCUGUUUUGUCUCAACCACCAGAUCAUUUGGUGAACAUUCCACAAUCUAUUGAAACACCUGAUGUUAAAAAGGUCACUGUGGAUUUAAUCAAUAGUGAGCAAAUUAUUGACGCUGAAAAAUCGAAAAGGAAACACAAACGUAAGAUAUUUGGUAAACUGUCAAAGUCUGAAGAAUCUGAGGAAGAUAAAAAAGAAGUUAUUGAAAAGCAAGAUCGAGAAGAUUCAAAGGAAAGAAGCCUAGAACCUGAGGAGCAAAGCAAAAAAGGAUUCCUUGGAAUGUUUGGCAAGAAAUCCAAAAAGGCACCACUAUCAGAAGAAACUAUUGCAAACAUGCAAUCCUCUAACGACUUUUUAAAACAAGAAGUCACUAAAUACGAAGACGCAAUUUCGCCAUCCAGAAAAUAUAGCUCUAUGGAACAAUUCACACCAGCAUCACCAGAAAAACCUUCAAGAAGAUCCAAAACCAAAGCGAGUCGGUCCAAAAGCAAGGAUCGUUCGAAGAGCAAGGAUCGCUCCAAGAGCCGCGAAAGAUCCAAGAGCAGAGACCGUUUGUUCGGGUUAUUCAAAAAGGGCAAAAAGGAUGACCAAGUCGAGUUAUCCGACGAAACUUUGGCUAACAUGCAAUCUAGUGAACACUUCUUGAAUUACGAAGUCAAUAAGUAUCACGACACUGUGGAUGGCCCAAAAGAUAAACCAACUAAAGUUUCACCAACUGAAAAAGCUUCAACACCAACUAAGGAUAAACCAACAGCUAAAGUUCCAUCAACUGAUAAAGUUUCAACACCAACUAAGGAUAAAUCAACCAAAGUUCCACCAACUAAACCAACAUUUGAAGCAAAAACUAAAGUUCCACCAACUGAUACAGCUGAAGUGCGAGAAACCAUUUUAUCAGAAGACCUUAAAGGACGUAAAAUAACAACAGUAACCCAAGAACCCACCGAUCACGGAGACAAAAUAGUGUCAGUGAAAAAGGAAAUGUACAUAAUCGAUCCUAAAAAGAUGGACCAAAUGCAAGAUCUAGACGAGGACAUGAAAAAUAAAAUAAGAGAAGCCCAAAAAGACGCCGCCAGUGCUGACAGAGACAAAUCACAACCGUUUGUUAGGGAAACAUUCUCAAUUCAAACAAAAAUCAUCGAUAGAGUCAUACCUGUGAGUAGCGAAAAGGAAACUGUAACCGAAACUGAAGUUACCUACGAAAAUAUUCCAUCCACUGUAGUAAUAGAUACCUAUGUAGCAGCUGGAAAAACUCCAGUUGAUCAUGAUCGUCGAGAAAGCAUUAGAAACAUCAUUAACUCACAAGCGUUUUUGUUGCAAGAAAAAGAAAAAUAUCACGAUGUAAGGCCUUUGAAAGAAUUGGCUGCAAAAGAAGUAGUUGCUGUGCAGCCAACUUUAUCUGACGAAGUCUUAUUCAACAUGAAUCACAGCCAUGAUUUUCUUAAAGAUGAAGUGAUUCAUUACCAUGACGUGCGACCAAUUCUCAAAGAACGUUCCACGUCUCCUGAAGGCAAAAAAGAAGCGAAAGGUCUUUUUGGUAUUUUUAAAUCGCCCGAAAAGAAGAGAGGCAUUGAGAAACAAGUUGUUGAAGAAAAAGAAGCUAAAGGCUUGUUUGGUAUGUUUAAAGAGAAAGACAAGAAGGGUAAAAAGAAGAAAGAGGCUAGUGUAGAGGAAGUUGUAGCUGUGGAGGAAACUACAAAAUCGUCACCAGAAAAAAAAGAAAAAAAGAAAAAGCCAAUUAAGGUAGAGGAAUUGUCACAGGUUGUUCUAUCAAAUCAAGUAGUAGCUCAAAUGAAACAAUCAGACGAUUUCUUGAAGCAAGAAGUUGAUAUUUACCAUGACGUACGCCCCGUUGUUCAACCUGUUGAGCCAAAAAAGCCAUCAGUUAUUAAGGAAAUAAUUGUUAUUGAAGAGCCUCAUGUAGCAGCAACUCCCAUCGAUAAAAAAGAUACUGAUAAAAAAGUUGAACGUUCAAAAGAAGUUGAACCAGUUGAUGAAGAACCCAAGGAAUCUAAAAGUUUAUUUGGUAUCUUCAAAUCUCCUGAAAGAAAGAAACGCGAGAAAAGUAUUGAGAAAGAGGAAGUCGUCCAAGAAAAAGAAGCUAAAGGUUUGUUUGGUUUGUUUAAAGCGUCUCCUGAGAAAGACAAGAAAAAAGAUAAAAAGAAGAAAGAGGAUGUGAGUGUGGAGUUACAUAAGAAACAAUCUGAUGACUUUCUCAAAGAAGAAGUUGAUAAAUAUCAUGAUGUACGUCCAGUAGUGACUGUAGACGAGUCUAGAAAAUCACCAGAAAAGAAAGAGAGGACCAAGAAGCUAGUUAAAACUGUAGAAGAAAAGAUUGUCACAGAAUUAUCACCAGCCAAAGAUAAAAAAAAGAUUAUUUUAUCAGAACAAGUAGCAACUGAAAUGAAACAUUCAGACAAUUUCCUGAAACAAGAAGUUGAUAUUUACCAUGACGUACGUCCCAUUAUUCAGCCAAAAAAGUCAUCAGUUAUAAAGGAAAUAAUUGUUAUUGAAGAGCCUCAUGUAAAUGAAACUUCUAAAAUAACUGAAAAAUCACCAGCAACUCCUGAGCAAGUAGUUAUCGAUAAAAAAGAUACUGAUACAUUUUUGACUAAAGAAGUUGAACUCUAUCACGAUGUACACCCUGUUUCACCUAAGGAAGUUGAACCAGUUGAUGAAGAACCCAAAGAAUCUAAAGGCCUAUUUGGUAUCUUCAAAUCUCCUGAAAAGAAGAAACGCGAGAAGAGUAUUGAAAAAGAAGAGGUUGUUCAAGAGAAAGAAGCUAAAGGUUUGUUUGGUUUGUUCAAAGAGAAGGACAAGAAGGGUAAAAAGAAGAAAGACGCUAGCAUUGAACGAGAUGUUAGUGUGGAAUUGAAUAAGAAACAAUCUGAUGACUUUCUCAAACAAGAAGUUGAUAAAUAUCAUGAUGUACAUCCAAUAGUGGCUGCAGAAUCUAGAAAAUCUCCAGAAAAGAAAGAGAGGACUAAGAAGCCAAUUAAAACUGUAAAGGAAAAGAUUAUCACACUAUCAGAACAAACAGCAACAGAAAUGAAGCAAUCAGACCAUUUCCUGAAACAAGAAGUUGAUAUUUAUCAUGACGUACGUCCCGUUAUACAACCUGUUGAGCCAAAAAUACCAUCAGUUAUAAAAGAAAUAAUCGUCAUUGAAGAGCCUCAUGCAGAAGAAACCUCUAAAGCUAUGAAGCCAUCAGCAACUCCUGAACAAGUUAUCGAUAAAAAAGAUACUGACAAAUUUUUAACCAAGGAAGUCGAACUCUAUCAUGACGUACGCCCUGUUUUGCCUAAAGAAGUUGAACCAGUUGAUGAAGAACCCAAAGAAUCUAAAGGUCUAUUUGGUAUCUUCAAAUCACCUGAAAAGAAGAAACGCGAGAAAAGUGUUGAAAAAGAGGAAGUGGUUCAAGAAAAAGAAGCUAAAGGUUUGUUUGGUUUGUUUAAAGCGUCUCCAGAAAAAGACAAGAAAGGGAAAAAGAAGAAAGAAGCUAGCAUUGAAAGGGACGUGUCUGUGGAAUUAAAUAAAAAACAGUCUAAUGAUUUCCUAAAAGAAGAAGUUGAUAAAUAUCAUGAUGUACGUUCAAUAGCUGAAUCUAGAAAAUCACCAGAAAAGAAAGAGAGGACGAAGAAGCCAGUUAAAACUAUAGAGGAAAAGAUUGUCAAAGAUAAGAAGAUUAUUUUAUCAAACCAAGUAGUAAAUGAAAUGAAACAUUCAGACAAUUUCCUGAAGCAAGAAGUUGAUAUUUAUCAUGACGUGCGUCCCGUUAUUCAACCUGUCGAGCCAAAAAAACCAUCAGUUAUAAAAGAAAUAAUUGUCAUUGAAGAGCCCCAUGUAGAAGAAUCUUCUAAAAAAAUAGCUACAAAACCACCAGCAAUUCCUGAGCCAGUACCCAUCGAUAAAAAAGAUACUGACAAAUUUUUAACCAAAGAAGUUGAACUCUAUCACGAUGUACGCCCUGUUUUGCCUAAGGAAGUUGAACCAGUUGAUGAAGAAUCCAAAGAAUCUAAAGGUCUAUUUGGUAUUUUCAAAUCUCCCGAGAAAAAGAAACGCGAGAAAAGUGUUGAAAAAGAGGAAGUGAUUGAAGAAAAAGAAGCUAAAGGUUUGUUUGGUUUGUUCAAACCGUCUGCUGAAAAAGACAAGAAAGGUAAAAAGAAGAAAGAAGCCAGUAUUGAACGAGACGUGGUUGUGGAACUCAACAAGAAACAGUCUGAUGAGUUUCUAAAAGAAGAAGUAAGAAAAUAUCAUGAUGUACGUCCAGUAGUGACUGUAGAGGAAUCUAGAAAAACACCAGUUCAAACUAUAGAGGAAAAAAUUAUCACAAUAUCAGUCAAGCCUGAACAAGAAAUUAAACAAACAAGUAGUACUGUAGUCAAAGAAGUUAUCGUAAUUUCAACUCCAGAAAAUUUACAAGCUCCAAUUUCACCUAAAGUUUUAACAGAAAUGAAAGACUCAGGCGAUUUCCUGAAACAAGAAGUUGAAGUUUAUCACGAUGUUUAUCCAAAAAUAGAACAAUCACCAACUUCCAAACAAUCUACGUUAGAAAAGAAACAAAAAGGCUUGUUUGGCUUGUUCAAAUCACCAGAAAAAGAUAAAAAGAAAAAGGAAACGAGUGUUGAAAAAGAAACAAUCAAACCAGUGUUUUCAGAGCAAGUUUUAGUUGACAUGAAAAAUUCUGACAGUUUCUUGUUGAAAGAAGUCGAAGUUUAUCAUGAUGUUCGUCCAAUAGUAGUUGCACAACAAGAAGAAAUUCCAGAACCAAAAGAAUCAAAAGGUCUUUUCAGUAUCUUCAAGUCACCUAAAAAAGACAAAAAGAAGAAAGAUGACAGCGUUGACAAAGCAUUUUCUGAGCAAGUUUUAGUUGAAAUGAAGCAUUCCGAUGACUUUUUGAAGCAAGAAGUUCAAAAAUACCACGACGUUCGUCCUGUAAUUGUAGCUGCUCAAAUGAAAGAACCUUCACUAGACAAAAAGCAAGUUAUUUCAGAACAAACAGCAAUCGACAUGAGAAAUUCAAACAAUUUCCUUGUAAAAGAAGUUGAAGUUUACCAUGAUGUUCGUCCAAUAAUAACUGUCAAAGAAGAACCUGUUCAAGAACAAACUAAAGAAUCAAAAGGCCUAUUUGGUUUGUUCAAGUCGCCCAAAAAAGACAAAAAGAAGAAAGACAGUAGCGUUGAAAAGGAAUUAGUUAGACAAGAAAUGCAACAGUCUAAUAUGUUUUUGAAGCAGGAAGUUGAUAAAUAUCAUGACGUACGUCCAGUGGUUGUUGCCAUUGAAAAUAUAGAGAUUGAAGAAGACGUUCAAGAGAAUAAAGGUCUCUUUGGGCUAUUUAAAAAAGACAAAAAGAAACCAGAAACUAAACCAGAGUUUUCAGAGCAAGUCUUAGUCGAAAUGAAGCAUUCUGAUGACUUUUUGAAACAGGAAGUUUGCAAAUACCACGAUGUUCGUCCAGUGAUCAUUGGAAAAGUUGAGCAGCCCAAGGAAUCUAAAACCAACUUAGUCGGUGUAUUAAAAUCGCCCGAAAAAGACAGAAAGAAAAAAGAGAAGAGUGUCGAAAAAGAAGAAGUUAAAUUUGCCGUUUCCGAACAAGUGGCAGCUGAAAUGAAAGAUUCUGACAAGUUUCUUGUAAAGGAAAUUGAAGUUUUUCAUGACGUUCGACCAAUAAUUAUUCAAGAACCUGUAGUUGAUGUUGCUCCUGAAGCUGAAAAAGUAAUAAUUAAAGAAACCAUUAUCAUAAGAGAAGAAGUAGCUCAAGAAAAACCUCAAAAAGAAGCCAAAGGUUUUGUCCAGGAAAAUCAAAAAUCUGUUCCAGAGAAAGAACAUAAAGGCCUGUUUGAUUUAUUCAAAAAACCUAAGGACCAUGUACUUUCAGAGCAACUAGUUAAAGACAUGAAACACUCUGAUGAAUUUUUGAAGCAAGAAGUCGAUAUCUAUCAUGAUGUCCGUCCAAUAAUUGCUACUGAAACACCCGAAGAGAGAAAAUACCUAAAAGAAACUAUAAUAAUAAAAGAAGAAGCUUUACCAGAACCUGAAACAAAACCUACAGUACCUGUUCGAAAACUAAAACAAAAACCCCCACUUUCUCAACAAGUCAUACAAGACAUGAAAAAUUCCAAAGAAUUUCUCAACCAAGAAGUGCAAGUUUACCACGACGUACGUCCGAUUAUAACUCCAGCUAAGGAAACCAAAGGAUUUUUAAGCAAAUUCAAAUCCUUGGAGCGUGAAAAGAAAAAGGAAAAAUCCCCCGAACUUGAAGAACAUCAGAAAAAGGAAUCGAAAGGAUUUUUAGGUUUGUUCAAGAAACAGAAAAAGUCUGAGGAAAAACCAACUUUAUCAGAACAAGCUGUAAUAGACAUGAAAAACACCGAUAGCUUUUUGAAGACUGAGCUACAACAUUUCCACGAUGUUCGUCCUGUUGUUGAACAACCUCAAAUUGUGGAGGAGCCUCAUAAGGAUAAAAAGGGAAUUUUGGGUAUAUUCAAGAGAGAUAGUCAAGAAUCCGCUGACUCCGUGGGCAAAAAAGGUGUCUUGAGUGUAUUUAAAAAACGCCCAACUAGUGUGGAUAGAGAUAUAAAGCCUCAAUUAUCACCUGAAGCUAUUGCUGACAUGUUGAACAGUGACAACUUCUUGAAAAACGAAGUUGAUAUAUAUCAUGACGUGAGGCCAAUAAUUCCAGCUACAAUGGAACAAGAAUCUCCUAAGUCUGAGAAAAAGUACAUAAAGGAAACUAUUAUUAUAAAAGAAGCUAAAAAAAUAUUAGCUGAACCAGCUAUUUCUGAGGAAGUCAGACAAGCCAUGCAAGAUUCAGACAUGUUUUUGAGGGACGAAGUGUCCAAAUAUCACGAUGUGAGGCCUCUAAUUGAAGCCAAACAAGAGGAAGUUGUCAAAGAGGAAGCCUCCCCACAAGAAUCCUCACCAGAAAGGCAUAAACACAAAAAAGGCAUAUUCAAAAUAUUCAAGAAAAACAAAAAGCACAAGCCUGAAGAAACUGCCAAACCAAAUGAAGAAUCUUUAAAGAACAUUCAAGAAACACAUCAAUUUUUGACUGGUGAAGUAAAACAAUUCCAUGAUGUGAGGCCAGUUAUUGUAGAUGCAGUAGCUAGAUCAACGUUCUACACAGAAGUUGAAACAACAAAUUUCCUUAACAAUGAGCUGGACCAAUACGAAGACGGAAAAACUAUUGAAGAAAGCAGCUACAUUCCUCCAAAGCUAUCUGAAGCAGCUCUACUGGACAUGAUAACUUCCACCAACUUUUUACGUGAAGAAGUUAACAGAUUCCACGAUGUGCGUCCGAUAAUAAAGCCAGAAAUCGAAGAAUCUAAAGAAGAAACUAAACAUUCCAAGGGCAAAUUCUUUGGUUUAUUUGGAAAAAAGUCACAGGAAGGAGAACAAGAACAUCAUAAGAAAGCAAUAGAAGUUGUUUUAGAGCCAAAUAAAGAAAUUAGAGAUGAUAGCAGAAAUUUCCUUCAAGGAGAAAUUGACCGCUAUCACGACGUUAAACCUGUUAAACAAUCGCAAUCCAAUGGUGGUCUCUUUGAAACCGAUUCAAAGAAGAUUAAACCUGUUGAAGAGGGCUCAAAAACAACUACUGAAUUAAGAGAAACCAUUCACCAACCUCACUUGGAAGGUCAAAAAAUCAUCACCAUCACUCACGAACCUGAUAAAAUCCGAACAGUAACCAAAGAAAUGUACAUUGUAAAUCCAAAUUUAAUGCAAGAUGUUGAAGGGCUGGACGAGGAGAUUAAAAACAAGAUUGCACAAGCUAAAUUGGAUGCUGAAGGAGGAGACCAAUCCAAACCUUUUGUUAGGGAAACUUUUUCAGUACAAACCAAAAUUAUUGAUAGAGUUAUUCCAGUAAGCAAAACCACAGAAACUGUAACGGAAACUGAAGUUAUUUAUGAAAAUAUACCGGCAACCACAGAUGAUUUUCUACAAAAAGAAAUCGAGCUUUACCAUGAUGUUUUGCCAACUGAAGCGACUACUGAAAAAGUAGAAGCUACUUUGAAAUCUGAAGAAGCUCCUGAAAAGCCUAAACGCAAAAAGAGCCCCAGUCCUUUCAAAAUGUUCGAGAGAAAACAAAAAUCAGAAGACGACAAAGAAAACUUACCAAAGUCCGAUGCCGAAAAGUCGAAAGAACGCAAAGAAAAAAGGGAAAAACGUAAAAGCGGAGGCUUCUUCUCGAUGUUUUCCAAAUCCAGCGAAGAAUCUGAACCGAUAAUCUACAGUCCUGAGACGAUGCAAACCCUACAAGACACCACAAACUUUUUGCACACAGAAUUGACCAACUACGAAGACGCAAAACCUGUUUUGGUGACCGAUUUAGACGAAGAAGAUGUUGAAGCUGAAGAGCACACCAAAUCUGGUUUGUUUAGCAUAUUCAGCAAAAAGCGAGAAAGUCCCAAAAUCACUAAAAAACUAUUCAAAAAACAUAAAAAAGAUCGAUCCCAAGAAUCUGCUGAUAUUACAGGGAAAACUUAUCAAAAACUUGAGGACCUUGAUGAAGCGCUUGGUAAAGGAAUUGAAGAUUUAAAGAAGCAAGUAGAUGAUACAGCAAGAAAGUUGAAAGAGAAAAAAGUUUUAUUCGAAGAAGACUUGGAUAAGUCUAUUCAAGAAACUGAAACUAAGGGCUUCUUCACAAAACUCGUCACAGGAAAAACUGAACAAGAAAAACUUAAAAUUGUCGAACAAAAAUCUGCAGCUUUAGUUGAUGAUGUUGUUAAAGACGCAGAAAAACAUGCCCAAGAACAAGCCAAAACUAAGGAACGAGUUUCAUUGUUAAAAGAUGAAGCUGAUGAAUUUUACCCAUUGUCAAAGGAAAGUUCGUCAAGUUUCGUUAAUGACAUGCUGCAAAGCUUCGAUACAAAAAUGGAGCAUGUUAAAGAAGAUGGUGAACAAACAAUUAAAGAAAAAGAAGCAUUUGUGCAAAAAGUCAAUGAAAAAUAUAGGGAAACUGAAGAUUUGAGCAGGGAAUUAGCUAAGCAUACAUUUUCGAAUGAUUUUCUGGAUAAUGAACGAAAAUCUAUUGAAAAAGACUUGGAUGAUUCCAAAAAAACAGGAGUAGGAUUUUUUGAAGAAGCUACAAAAACUCUUAGUCAAACUGGUGAUGAUCUUGAAGUAACUGCUAAAGAUACCAAAAAAUCAGUUGGUAAUUUCCUAGGUAAAAUUGGUGACAAAUUUUCCAGCAAAUCUAAGAAAAUUGCUAGUGAAACUGAUGAUGGCAUAGAACGAGCCAAAGAAGAAUCAAAAACAGUAAAAGAUGAGGCUGAUAAAUUAAAAGAAGAAAUUGGUGACGAGUUACAAAAGGACGGUACGAAAUUGAAAAAGAAAUCUGAUAGUUUCUUGAGUAAACUGGGUGGAAAAAUGUCUGGUAAAGCUAAGGAAGUUGAAAAAACUGCUAAAGAUUCGCUAGACAAAACUGAAGACGCAGUUGAGCAAAAAUCAGCUCUUGUCAAAGAUAGCAUUGACAAAACCAUUGAAGAUAAAGUUGAAUCGACAAUAAGUGAGGUUUCUGAAGGUGCAAAAGAAGCCAAAAAGAAAACUGGAGGCUUUUUAGGUAAAUUGGGUGGCUUGAAAAUAUCAGGCAAAACGAAAGAAUUUGAAAAAAUUGAUGAUGAUUCAGCUAUAGAUGAUAAGGUUGUAGAAUCUGCCAAAGAUUUGAAGGAUUCAGUUGAAGACAAAAUUGCUAAAAAGUCAGACGACGUAAAGGAAGAUCUUGAAGCAGUUGAAAAGAAAGUGAUCGAAUCUGGAGUUACAGCAACUGAUUCUGCUGAAAACUUAAAGUCAGCAAUCAGUGAAAAGGCCAAAGAAACUAAAAAGAAAACUGGAGGUUUCUUUGCCAAAAUUGGAGAUAAGAUAAGUGGCAAAGCUGAAGAGGUUGAGAAAGAUGUUACAUCUGAGGCAAAACAAAUUGAGCAUGAUGUUAGUCAAGCUGCAGAGAAUGCUAAAAAAUCUGUAGAAGAAUUUGAAGCUCAAAUGAAUAAAGAGUCGAAAGAAGCUGAAGAAAAAAUUGCUGACAAGAAAGAAGCUAUUAAGGAUACAAUUGUUGCUGGAUCAAAAGCUGUUGAUGAUCAAAUUGCAGAAAAAGUAAAAUCAGCGGCAAGUGACGUAAAAGAAGCUAAAAAGAAAGCUGGUGGCUUCUUUGGCAAAGCUAAGGAAGUGGAAAAGUCUGCACAUGAAGCUAAGAGUGAUGCUAGUGAAGCUAUCAAAAAGUUUGAAGAUAAUGUGGAAGACAAAGUAAUUGAAGAAACCAUAGAUGCUCAAGAUAUCGUCAUAAGUAGCAUAAAUGAAGGUGUUUUAGAUAUUAAAAACCAAACAGCCAAGCAUUUUGCAGACCUUGAAAAAGAUGUAAUCGAAAAGGAAGAAGCUGGCCAUCGAAUUUUCGAUUCUGCUAAACAUGAAGCAAAAGAAGCUAAAAAGAAAGCUGGAGGCUUCUUUGGUAAAAUUGGUGAUAAAAUAACUGGCAAAGCUAAGGAGGUUGAGAAAGCUACUAAAGAUGUUACAGAUGAUGCCAAACAAGGAUUAAGAGAAGUUGGAGAAGCUGGAGAAAAUGUUACAGCAUCUGUGGAGAGAUCCGUUGAAGAAUUUGGAGAGAAAGUGAGCAGAGAAUCAAAAGAUGUAGUUGGUAAAGUCACAGAUAAUGUUAAAGAAGCUGGAGACAAGACAGCAAAACAAAUCACUGAAAAGACAGAGGCUAUUAAGGAUACAAUUGAUGAUGGAGUAAAAACGGUUGACACUAAGAUUACAGAGUCUACUGAAAAAGUAAAAUCAGUAGCUGAGGAUGCACAACAAGUUAAAAAGAAAGCCGGUGGGUUCUUUGGUAAAAUUGGCGAUAAAAUAACUGGCAAAGCCAAAGAAGUUGAAAAAGGAGCAAAAGAUAUCGCCACUGAUGCUAAACAAACAGCGCAUGAUCUAAGUGAAGCAACAGAUGAAGCUGGAAAAUCUGUGGAGAAGACAAUUGAAGAAGUUGGUGAUAAAAUGAGCAGAGACGCAAAAGAAGCUAUUAGAGAAGUAAAAAUAGUUGAAGGCAAGGCAGUAGACCACCUCGCUGAAAAGAAAGAGGCUGCCAGAGAUGCAAUUAUAGCUGGAGCAAAAACUGUUGACGCUCAAGUAACUGAUUCUACCGAAACAGUGAAAUCAGUUGCUAGUGACGUAUCUGAGGAAGCAAAAGAAGCUAAAAAGAAAGCUGGAGGCUUCUUUGGUAAAAUUGGCGAUAAAAUAACUGGCAAAGCUAAAGAGGUUGAGAAAGUUACUGAAGAUGUUACAGCUGAUGCCAAACAAGGGCUAAGAGAAGUUGGCGAAGCUGGAGAAAAUAUUACAGCAUCUGUAGAGAGAUCCGUUCAAGAAUUUGGAGAGAAAGUAGGCAAAGAAUCAAAAGAUGUAGUUGGUAAAGUCACAGAUAAUGUUAAAGAAGCUGGAGACAAGACAGCAAAACAAAUCACUGAAAAGACAGAGGCUAUUAAGGAUACAAUUGAUGAUGGAGUAAAAACGGUUGACACUAAGAUUACAGAGUCUACUGAAAAAGUAAAAUCAGUAGCUGAGGAUGCACAACAAGUUAAAAAGAAAGCCGGUGGGUUCUUUGGUAAAAUUGGCGAUAAAAUAACUGGCAAAGCCAAAGAAGUUGAAAAAGGAGCAAAAGAUAUCGCCACUGAUGCUAAACAAACAGCGCAUGAUCUAAGUGAAGCAACAGAUGAAGCUGAAAAAUCUGUGGAGAAGACAAUUGAAGAAGUUGGUGAUAAAAUGAGCAGAGACGCAAAAGAAGCUAUUAGAGAAAUAAAACUAGUUGAAGGCAAGGCAGUAGACCACCUCGCUGAAAAGAAAGAGGCUGCCAGAGAUGCAAUUAUAGCUGGAGCAAAAACUGUUGACGCUCAAGUAACUGAUUCUACCGAAACAGUCAAAUCAGUUGCUAGUGACGUGUCUGAGGAAGCAAAACAAGCUAAAAAGAAAGCUGGCGGGUUUUUUGGUAAAAUUGGUGAUAAAAUAACUGGCAAAGCAAAAGAAGUUGAGAAAGAUGCAAAAGAAUCAACAUUUGAUGCCAAACAAAAACUGGACAAAACAGCUCAUGAAUUAAGCGAAGCAACAGAAGAAGCUUUUGGAGAAGCUAAAGAUAACUUAAAAGAAAUUGAAGAUAAGACAGUGAAGCAUCUUGUUGAAAUUGAACAAGACAUUAUUGACAAAAAAGAAGCCGUAACUUCAGAAGCUAAUUCUCAAAUCAAGGAUUCUGCAGAAAAAGUCAGCGACAUCGUUGAAGUAACCAAAGAGGAAGCGAAAGACGCAAAGAAGAAAGCUGGUGGCUUUUUUGGCAAAAUAAGUAGCAAAGCCAAAGAUGUUGAAAAGGGUGCACAAGAUAUUGCCGCUGAUGUUAAACAAGGAUCAAAUAAGGCAGCUCAUGAUGUAAGUGGAGCAGCAACCCAAGCCAGAACCUCUGUGGAAAGAUCAAUUGAAGAAACCAAAGAAUUUGGUGACAAACUUAGUAGCAGAGCAAAAGAUGAUGUGAAGGCAGUUACAGUUGAUAUUGAAAAGGACGUAGAUGCUACCAAACAAUCUAUUGUUGCUAGUGCUAAAGUUGUUGAUGAACAAAUCGAAGAAGUAACUGAGGAAGCAAAAGAUGCUAAAAAGAAAGCUGGUAGUUUCUUCGGGAGAAUUGGUGACAAAAUAACUGGCAAAACUAAAGAAGCUGAACAUGAUGUCAAACUGCAACUGGACAAAAUUUCCCAAAGUGCUGUUGAAGAAAGACUGAUUCAAGAAUCUAAAGCCAAACAUGUUAUACAACAAGCUGAAGAAAAAACAACCAAACAUUUUGCUGAAAUUGAAAAAGAAAUCAUCGAAAAAACAAUGACAGAUUCAAGUGAUAUUUCUGAAGAAGCUAAACAUGAAUCUAAAAAGAGCUUCUUUGGUAAAAUCGGUGACAAAAUCAGCGGUAAAGUUAAAGAAGCUGAUGUCCACGUGAAACAAGAUUUGGAAAAACUACAAGAAACAACAAAAUAUGCUGAAGAUCAAGUAGAUACUGCCGCAAAAGAAACCAAAUCUCAACUACAAAAACAAUCAACUGGUGAGGAAUUAAAAGACAACGCCAAAGAAAUCAAAAAGAAAUCUGGCAGUUUCCUGGGAAAAUUAGGAGGCAAACUGACAGGCAAGAAACAAAAAUCCAGAGAAUCCAGCCUGGAACCUGACAUAAACAUCUUAGACCAAUUUCCGACUAAACAAACCCCAGACGAGGCCAUCCAGGAUCUGAAAUCGACUAUGCAAUUCGAAUCCUCGCAUUCCAAACACUUGGAUAAUAAAUUGCAUUUGGGCGAAGUCAAGCAAAGAACUGUGGAAUUUCUAGAAAGCGAAGGUUUUAGUCAAAUGCCGAGAACUGUGAGCGACUAUGGAGGUCAAAUCAGAGAGCCUGAUAGCGCUAGAGGUAGCAUAUCAGAAGCCAAUAUCGAUUUAUCAAAUUUGCCUGCUGACAUUGACCAGCAAGAAGCCUCAGCUUAUGUAAGUUCACCUGUAUUAUCAAGACGAGCUGUGUCUCAAAGAUAUAUAAAAGGAGAACGUCCGGAUGUUGUUGAAAUAAGGAAUAUAGCUGAGUAUAGUAUUGGGGAUUUUAAUCAGUAUACUGUUACAGAGCCUGAAGAUGUCGUCACGAUAAAAAGGGCAAUAUUUCACAUGGAAUCGGCUGAAGAUGAACUAGAACCUAAAAUAAUAAUCAAAGAAACUAUUACGACAACUGAGCGCGAGGUUGAUAAUUUAGUUGCGGACUUGACGAAAAAUCUGGCAGAAGCUUCAAAACCUAUAGUCAUCACAAAGACAACCACAAUAGUCAGAGAGCAAACAUUACAGGAACACGUGCAAGAGUCCGAAGCUGACGUUGAGUUAAUCGAACAAAAACUGCGUGACUUAGACAAAGCGUUAGAUAAUCUCGAAAUUAAAGAUAAAAAAUUAAAAAGGGUCGAAAGAAAAUUCGAAAGAAUGGCUUCCGAAGUACUCGAAGAAGAAGCUUUGGACGGUAAACAAAAACAAUUAUCCACGCCCGAUGUAGAAGAAAAACGCGAAUCGGAAUUUCAAAGGUUAGUGUCUCAAAUCAGCCUAGAGGAAGUGAGCGACUUCCAGAAAGAGUACAGCCACUUGUGGGACGAGAACACGAUAUCAAAGAGUAGCGAUUGGGAAUCGAAAACGCCUGACAGUCAAAUGGAAGAACUUCCCAAAGGUGCAGAACAAGCUCACUCUACCAGUUCCCAACAGGCUACUUCUACAAAAGCUGAAACUGAGGAUUCUCAUGACAAAGGAGCCAAAGAUAAAUCAAAAAAAGUCUCAGACCAACAUCAACUUUCCGACGAGAUGCAACAACUACUAAAAGAAAUGGAGAAAGAGAGCAAGCAAUAAACGACUGAUUAAGUUAUUGAACCCUUUUUAAUGUAAAUUAGCGAUAAAUCCGCAAAAAUACUCGACUCGAACAAAAUACUCCCUCCUUGUUAUAUAACUAGAUUUGCCUAGUUAUAUAACAACUGAUUGACCAGAGGUAUUCGUUUGGAUGGUUGCUUAAGUAAAGCUAUUAUUGCAAUAUUUAAAUAGGUAUAUAGCUUGCGUUUUUUGUUUAAAAAAUUGUCCACUUAACGCGUUGUCCGAUCAAAAUUCCAUAUUAUUCUGCAAUUUUUUUUUUGAAGUUUAAUGUUUGUAUAGGUGCAACAGCUACUUAUUAGGCCUUUAAGUUCUUUUAAGCUAGGAUCAAAGAAGGCCUAAAGUAGCUGUAUAAGUUUAUUAGGAAAAAUAAAGAGUACUUAUUUUAAUAAAACAAAUUCGAUGUUGUAAGUUACUACUGCAUAUAUUUUUAUCGCUUACUUUUUUUUUUGUUAAAGCUGUUAUUUUUUUAUAAUAUAUUGUAAGUUAAGGUUACCUUAUUUGUAUAAAAAUGAUUUAAAUUGUACAAUUCUUAGUCACUAUUAUAUAGCUUUAUGGUUACAUUAUUAUCGUUAUGGCAUAUUCCCGUCGUUUUUUUUUUCUUGAUAUCGAAAACGGUUUAGUGGUUUUUACUGUUUUCGUUUAAACAAAAAAAAAAUAUACUGGGAAGAGUCAAAUGAAUAUUUAUUAUUUAUUUAAAUCAAUGUGAAAAUAUUCUAUAAUUAAUCAAUGUAUCAAGACAAAAAAUAAUUCAACGUCUAAACGUAAAGCUUUCAGUAUA